UCGGGACAGGAAGUACUUAUUUAACUGAUAGUGUAUAGACAACAGGCAAAGUAGAGAAUUGACCAGUUUCCUGAUGUUCUGAUCGUUCGUUAUCCAUAUUCAGUCGCCCUUAGUUGUUGGCGUGGUUUGGUUCGGAUGACACUAGUCUCUUGAUAUGGAAAAAUUGAAGCGUUGGGUGCAUUUAUUGGUGAUAUUUUUUUUAUUCAAUUUGAAACUAUUUGAAACAGAUGCUGCACGUGAAGUUAAAGUUUGUGGACGUACCAAAUGCCAUGGAAAUUCAAUCAAAUUCAAAUACAUUGAAGGAACAGUUUAUCGAUAUCAACAUCAAGUUGAUGUGAGUGUUAAUCUAGGCAAUGGUUCUAGUAUAUCAGAAUUGCAUAUUGAAUCAGUGGCAUUACUAAAAUUUACUACACCAUGUGAAGCUGAUUUGAAGAUAUCUAAAGCAAGUAUACGACAUGCAAAUCGUGGGAAGUAUGAUGCUGAAUUUCCUGAUCGAGCAGAGGCUGAUUUCAAAGAACAACUUGAACAUUACAGUCUUCGAUUUGUAUUUGAAGAUGGUCAAAUUCAAGAACUAUGUCCACAUUCUGAAGAUCCUAUUUGGUCAGUUAAUAUUAAAAGAGGUAUAUUAUCAAUGUUACAAAAUACCAUGAAAAGAUUUGACGUUGAUCAUCAUGGAGAUGAAUUGGAUGUUAAUGGUAUUUGUGAAACACGUUAUCGACUUCAUGAAGCUCGUAAAACAAGUCUUAUUAUAGUUAAAACUAAAGACAUUGACAGCUGUACUAAUCGGGGAAAACACUUUUCUAUUAUUCAAUCUAACAUGUACACAAGUCCUAGAACACAUUCUCAAGGAACUCUUUUAGAUUCUAAAUACAACUGUGAGAUUAUUUUAGAUCAUAAUAUUUAUGAAAACGUCAUUUGCAAAGAAUCUUAUCAAUUGAAGCAUUUAUCAUAUGGAAAUGUUGCUGUAAGAUCUGAAGUAAUUUCAAAACUUACUUUGAUUGAUGAAGGUGAGAAUAGUUCAUGGGACGAUACUGAUGAUAAUGACGACGAUGAUGACAACGAUAAUGAUGAUAGUAAUGAUGAAGAACAAAAUGAAACUGAACAAUUGAUAGAAUCUAUUCCAACUGAUUUAUUAUAUGAUCAUGCAGCCGUAUCUUUUUCUAGCAAAACUCUUUUUGGAGAGCUAAGAAUUUCAAGAGAUCUGUUAAAAACUAUGUGUCUACUAGGAUCCAGUGGACAGCUUGAAAAGACUUUUUCUGAAAUAUUCAGCAAAUUUAUACAUUCAGCUCGGCACCUUGAUUAUCCAUCAUUGUCUCAAUUAUUGGUAAAAGCUGAUGGAAUUUGUGAGAAUGGAAAAAGACAUAUUCUUGAUGCAUUACCAUAUAUUGGAACAAGUGCUGCAGUUAAGGUGAUGCGUGAUUCUAUGCUAAAGAAAAUUAUUGAUAAAGAAAGAAGUGAAUCUUGGCUAACAGCAAUAGCUUUAAUACCUAGACCAGAUGCUUCAACAGUUGCUGCACUCUUACCUCUUCUUGAGCUCGAGCAUCAAGUAUCUAAUGGUCAUUUAACCCUAGUUUAUUCGGCUGUUGUUCAUGCUUUUUGUCGUCAUCAUGGUGCCAGCCGACAAAGUUUAAAUUUCCAUCAAUCGCACGAUUGUUUGGCCAUCCAAGGUACUGGAAUUGAUCGAUUUUUUGAUUAUCUUGAAUCAACUAUUGAACAGGGUUGUGCUCCAAAGCCUCACGAACCGGAAGAAGUUAAAAAAACUUUAGAAGCUCUAAAAGCAAUAGGGAAUAUGGGACUCGAAAGGACAGGAUUGUCGGAUAAGCUGAAAGUCUGUAUUGAUAAUGAAGGAGGAUUUAUUUCAAUGGAAACGAGAAUUGCAGCAAUUGAAGCACACCGUAGACUACCAUCGUGUCAGGAAACUCGUGAUCGUAUCUUUCUUCCACGAUAUCGCAAUAUUACCCUUGAACCUGAGAUACGAAUUGCGUCUUAUCUACAAACGAUGCGCUGUCCAGAUUAUAAUGUUGUCAAAAUAAUAAAACACACAUUGACAGAAGAACCUAUUAAUCAGGUUGGUUCAUUCGUUUGGAGUCAUUUAACAAAUUUAUUGGCAUCAUCAUCACCGACUAAAAUUGAAAUACAAAGUCUUCUAACUGAUCGAGAUUUAAGUGAUAAAUAUAACAGUGAUGGUCGAAAGUUUUCUCGAAAUUAUGAGAAGUCAUUUUUUUCUGAAGAAUUCAAUGUUGGUGGAACCUUUCAAACUAAUGUUGUUUUUUCAUCAAAGUCUUAUGUUCCUCGAACUCUCACAUUUAACAUGACUCUUGAUUUAUUUGGAGAAUCAGUCAAUGUGAUUGAAGUAACUAUGAGAAUGGAAGGAAUGGAAUAUUACGCGGAGAAAUUUUUCGGUCCCACAGGUCCAUUUGCAAAUGACAAAAUAUCUCAACAUAUUACUAACUUUUUACGAAGUUUAAGAUCAGUCAGCGAAACAAAUCAUUACUGGGAAGAUUUGAAAACCAUACCCAAUAUUAUAGAUAAUAAUUUUAAUAAUCCACAAAUUAGUUUAUCAUAUAAAAUAUUCGGUAAUGAACUUGAAUUCAUAAUGUUGAAUGGUCCAGAUGAAAUUGUUAAAACUUUAACGACGCUAAACCCAUUAGCGAAAAUCAAACGUUUAUUAUCAGGUCGAGAAAUCUAUUAUGAAUACACUGGAAUGCUUCUUGAUGCCAGUUACAUUAUUCCAACUGCAGCAGGUUUACCAAUUCGGUUAGAUCUUACUGGAUCAGCUGCAUGUAAUUUCAAAUUCUCAGGGCUAUUAAAUAGCGAUCGUUUUGUUGAAAAUACAGAAGUUCAAUUAGUUGGCAAUGUAACUCCAAGCGUAAGUUUAGAUAUAACUGGUCAAAUGAGUGUUGAUGCAUUCCACAAGAGUGCAUCAGUAAAAAUACAAGGAAAUGUAUACUCUUCGAGUGCAGUGAGACUUCAUCUCGAUGUUCAAGGAAUAAGAUUAGUUAAACUUAAUCUCGAAGUACCUAAUCGUAAAUUGGAAGUACUUACAGUACGAACAGAUAUACUCCAUGUGCAUGGCAAUGGAGCUGAGAUUUCAGAACGACCCGUAGUAACAUCAACUAAGAAUUUAACUAACCGCAAUAAAAUUUCUAACUCAACAUGCAGCUGGCCUGUAUUAGAAAGACUGAUUGGUUUGAAACUAUGUUUUGAUUACUUAUUUCCAAAUAUAACAGAGGCUGAUAAUAUUUCCUAUUUCAUUUUGAAUGGACCAACUCUAUUCCGUACUUCAAUUAUUAAAGCUGAUCCUAGUGCUGAGAGUUAUCUCUUUGAAUAUUCAUGGAAAGCGACACCGACAAACAGUGUACUCAAAUUAGCUUUUGAUACACCUGGAUCAUUAAUAAAUCGAGAGACCAGUGCUACUGUAAGCUUUGAUGCUAAAACUCACAAUGUUAGUGUUUUGCUAAGAUCUGCAGGGAAUAGUCUUGUUGCUUUAGGCACCUAUAAACGAACUGAUGAUGAAACGAUGAUUAAUAUAGGUUUAGAUAUAAAUGGUACAAAACAUGUAGAUGGAUGCAUUGGUUAUCUAAGAAAGAGUGGAAACUACGGUUACAUUUACAUACCAAAGUUAGAUUUAAAAAUAAAUGAUGAAAACGUAGUAGAAUUGUCUGGAAUGGUAAAAGAUACUCACAAGAAUAAUGUAACACAGUGGGAUAUUGAUUUAAGUUUUCAAACAAAAAAAAUUAAAAGUCGAAUGAGAGGAUAUAUUAUUCGAAGAACAAUUAGUUUAACAGGUAAUAUAAAAUUAGACUAUCAACUGAAAAAUAUGAAUAAAGAAACACUUCAAGUAGAGAUUUCGUUAUUAAAUCGAUCAACUAAAACUUUGGUAUACAAAGAAGCCAAUUUAAUGUUACAAUCAAGCGCUUAUCCUCAACUUAAUGCUAUUAUUACAACUUGGUAUCAACAAGCUUUAGGACAUCUAGAAAUACACACAGAAAUUAAUACAAAACCACACUUACGGGAUGAUCGUCAUAAGCUUACAAUUCAAUUAAUUUUGACUUAUUCUAAGGCCUACUUUCAAAGUCAAGAAGCAAAGAUGACUGCUUCGGUUGCAAUUAGAAAACCAAUUCAAAAUAUUGAUAUUAAAGUUGGAGUUGAACGAUUUUCUAUUGGACCAUCUUCGAAGACAUACUUUUUGGUAAGAUAUGCACCAGGAAAGGAGAUAACUUUAGCAGUAAAUCUUAUCAUGCCACGUGGAGCAAUGUUUGCUAUUGAAGGUCAUGCUAAUAUGACAAUACCUAAUUUAGACUCAAUGUUAAUUGAUGUACGUAUUACGGAAAAAUCUCGUGGUGAAUAUGAUCUUGAUUUUGCUGGAACUUGGUUCAGUGGACAUAAUGCAACAAUUCGUGGAACUUAUGUUGAUAAAUUGAUUGUUAUAAAAGACCAUCGUGUAAUCACAAAUAGUUUAAAGUUACUAUUUAGAUCACCAAGUCUUGCUCGGGAUAUUUUAUUUAAUUACAAAUUUUAUCGUGACCAUAUUGACACUAAAUUCGACAUCAGUGUUGAAUAUUUAGAUGCAGACAAAUAUGCUUUAGCUAUACAUCAUUCGGUAAUAUCAGCUGUGAAAUUUAUAUCAUAUGCAGAAGCAAGAUGUCGAGGUGGUGUUUAUACAGUGACAGCAGCUGUUGAUGUUGAGAGAGAAGUUAGAUUAGAAUUACAUUUAGAUAAUUGGAGAGACGUUCAUUUAAUAGCAACAGGAAUUAAUGAAGAAACAACAAAGGAAUUUGGUUUCGAAAUUAAAUGGGAUGCUAAUCGUGAUCCAGCUAUGAGAUUUGCUACAUUACUUCAGUUAUAUAAAAUGUACGAAGAUACUCCUAUUCAUUCACGAAAUUUAAGCAGUACUAUAAUGGUAACUUAUCCAGGAAGAUUAUUCACAGGAACUUGUUUUCUUGGUGUUUUGGAUACUCAUCACUAUUUAUUAGAUGCUAAAAUUGAGUGGGAUCCAGUAAAAAAUAUACACAUUACUAUUGAUGCUGACUAUGAUACUGUUAAUUGGAGUAAUUACUUCAAAUUUGAAAGUAAGAUGUUGACACCCUUUGAACAGUGGAAGAAAACGUCUUUAAAUGCACGGUAUCACUGGACAGAUGAAGAAUUAAAAGCUGUUUGUGAUGCACAUUGGCAAGAUGACCAACGAUUUAACUUUGAAUUUGCGUCGAGUUCUCAAGAGACUCUUAAUACUGUAGAGUGGCGUGCAAAUUGUGGUCUAACAAGUACUGUCCAUUCAGUUGGCUGGAUUACAACUAAUUUAACUCACAAAGUGAGUAGAGAAUCGAAUAGCUUCAGUACAGACUCUCGGCUCCUUGUUAACUACAACCCAGACAAAGUCAUGGAUUUUAAAAGUGUCUGGCAUUUCAAUGGAGCUACAACUCCUAACGACAAUAUCACUUUUGGUGGUAAUUUUAAAUUCUUGACACCUUUUAUGAAUUACAAGAAUGGUGAUGUUAAACUUCAAUUUAGAUUUAUGCCAUAUUGGAAAUUCCAUGGACUCUCCAAUAUUGAAAUUGAUAAACGUAAAUAUACUGGAAUUUUGCAAGGCGAUUUAGCUCGUAUUAAAGAAUCUAUUGUAGAAUUUAAUAUUACCACACCACUCGAAAAAUAUUCAUUUAUACGAGGAAGAUUUGGAUUAUCAGAAAUAAAUAAACAUGCAGUUGCUGAAGUAACAUUACCUUCUGGUCCAAUUGGAGUUGAAGCACUCUGUAAAUUCUUUGCCGAGUCUAAUUAUGAUUUUAAUAUUAUGUUACGUGUAUCAACACCUAUAGAAAUUUUACAGAAGUUUUUGAUCGUCGCUAAACUAGCAAGAACAGAGGCUGAUUUUCGAAUUGGUUAUAAUAAUGUUACAGCUGGUUUUCAAGCAAUUUGGCACUUUAAUAAUCUUACGAAUUUCCAUUAUAGCUAUAUUCUUUUUACACCAAUUCAUGGUCUUCAUGAAAGUGGUAUUGUUGCCAAAAUAAUCAUACUAGAUAAGAAAGAUGAAAAUGAUCGUUUAAGUAAAACUAUUGACACAGAAUUUUCUCUAAGAAUUGUAGAAACAAAAUUAGGGAUCAAGAUAUACUCUGGUCCAAAACUUUCUCCAUUAAAAUUAUUAGAUGAGCCACUUGUUGAACUGAGUUAUGAACCGGAAGAUGAUGAUUUCUCUUGGCAAGGUGAUAUUGAGAUAAAUGCCGUGAUAAUUGAGCCAAUAAUUGGGAAAUUAGAAAUAGACAAACAUGGACGAGUUUACCAAAUCAACGGAAAUUUAAUAAUUCCUCAAGGAAAAAUAUUUUUAGAAGAUAAAUUCAUAUUGGAAGAUGUGUUUAAUAUGAAAAAUACUCUAGAAAUAAAAACGCCCUUUGAAUGGACAACUGGAAUUAAUUCAUUAUACGUUUUCAGUAUCGACAUGGAGAAUUAUAUUUAUUUUAUGAGUUUAGACGUCAAUCUUACUAAAAACGAUUCCAUACCAUGGAUCGAAUGUGGUAUCAAGGGAAAUUAUUCAAGUGUCGAGCAUGAAGAUGAUUCUACAAUGCACAAAUUACAGUUGAUAUUUAACACACCCCAGGGAUUUUUAGGAUAUUUGGAUAGUUAUGGAACUUUGGAAUUAGAUGAGAAUAUAUACAAAACAAAUAUAGUUUUCAAAACUAAUGAUAGCUUUUCGGAGUUUACUGGAGUACUUGAACUUGAAGAGGCUUUUUUCGAUGGUACUUUAAUAGCUUUGAUUGACUCACCAAUUUUACAAGUACCAAAAACAAAAAUAACGAUUAAAAAAGACUUUACAGAAUUAGAAAAACGUCUUGAAGGUGGAAUUACGAUAGAUAAUUCAAAAGAAAACCACGGUCAAUUUCGUGCUACAUGGUAUUUUGAAUCUCAAGACCAUAUAAAGUUAUCUGUUGAACUGAAAACAUGGAUAUUGCCUUUAAAAAACGUUCAGCUCGAUUUAUUUUACGACAACAACUUAUCGAGCAAUCAAAGUUUAUUGCUUGAAACUAAAUUCAAGCGUCUUAAUCAAAAAUAUAAAUUAUCCGGAGCUUAUCAUCCGAAUAAAACACUAAAUGUACAAUUACAAGGACCCAGUGACAUUCUAGACUAUGAUUAUCGAUUUGAUGGUUUAUUAGAUUCAUCAAAUAAAUUAACAGGAAAUCUUGUUGAUUUAAAAACUUCACAAACUUAUAAUGUUAAUGGAGAAAUGGACGUCACCGAUUCUAUAUUAGAAAUUAAAACAGUCAUCGUUAAAAUUAAUGAAGAUAGCAAAGAAAAUAAUCCUUGUACACUUACUUUAUUAUUCUUCAGAGAAAAGUACGGAUUAAAGUUGAACGCUCAUAAUGACUUUUUAGAUAGCAAUGUAUCAUUAAAUUAUAUAAAUGCUUUAAAUUGGGAUACAAAUUUUGCACUGGAAUUAGAAAAUAAUAUAAAAUAUCAAUUAGAUGCAUUUACUAAUGUCCAAGUGAAUGGUAAUACUAGUAUUUAUAUAAAAGCUCAAACUCCAUGGCCUGAACUAAAAGUAUUCCAGCUGGAUGGUAAUGUUAUGUUUACUAAUAACAGUGGGGACAUAAAAGUAAAACAUCACCUUAAUAAUAACAGUGGUUAUUUAAGACUCGCUUGGAAACUUGCGUAUAUGACUGAUAUGUUUAUUCGAUUUAAUGGUGCUGCUGAUAAGAAGGAUAUCAACGUAUUUCUUUAUCUAGAUAAUCCAAAACGUGCUUUCCGUAGUGUUAAUACCGGUUUUGAUAUUAGUGUUAAUGAGAAAAAAUGGCAAUGUGCCACAAACAUUAGUAUCGGUUACAGAGAUAAUGAGAAUAUUGAUUAUGUUAUGGUUGUUCAUCUUCCACCUCCGAAUAAUGAUGACCAUCGUAUAUUAAUUCGUUAUCAUGCCCAAGGUGGAUUACAAGAUGCUAAUUUUGUUAUUGGUUACAGUGCUAGUAAAGCAAUGAUUAAUUAUGCUACUGAUGGUUCGAUUCGUAUGGCACAAAAAAAUAUAGAUGGUCAUUUACGACUAGCUUGGGAUGAUUUAAAAACUAAAAUUUUGAAUAAUAUAUUCAAUAUAACUUUUGAUGAGAAAAAAAUUGGUUUCAAAUAUUCUUUGUUUACUCCAAAAUCUCAAACUGAAGAAAAAGCAAUAGUUUUGUUUAAUUAUGACGGAGGAAAAAAUAAUGAAAGCUUAAUUAAUGCAGAUUUUUAUUAUACACCACGGAAGAAAGUGGGAACAAUUAAUAUAUCUUAUUUAAGUUUAACAAACGUCAAUGGUACUCUUAAUGUGUCAACGGGUGUUCCAAAUUUCCCUUAUGUCGCAUGUAAUUUUAUUGUACUAACGACAUUGAAGCAAACGAAGAGAUUUGUUCAAGUCUUUUGGCAAAACGACACUGCAUUAAUCAAUUCUGAUUACGUAUAUCACAGCGAAAAAUUGGAUUCAGAUUUAAUAGGAAUAAUUGAGUUAGAAGUACCAUUGAGUACUCGACACAUAGCGAAUUUAAAUUAUGGAUAUAAAAAGAAAUCACAAGUUACAACUGGAUAUGCAGAUCUAAUUUACAAUAAAGAUAAGAUACUCCUAGCUAAGUAUAAUUCAAAGGGUGAAUCACGUGCUGGCAUUGAAAAGGAUAGCAUACAAAUAACUUUAGAAAAUGAUUUUCAACCACUAGGAAUUACUUAUACUAAUCAAUAUGAAUAUAGUGCUGGAAAUGCUGGAACAAAUUAUCCAACAAUUGAACAAAAACGUAUAAAUAUUUAUCGAUUAGACAAUAGUUCAAUUUUUAAUGUAGCUGGACAAUCUCAAGUUAGAACGUUUCAUGAAGGCCAGGAGAUACAACUUAAAGCGGAACAUCUGAAUAAAACUGUUCAACUAAACACAGACUAUCGUGUAUUACCAGGAGAAUUUGAUCAUAAUUGUUGGGUAAAAUUAGCUGAAGGUGCAUGGGCUUCUUAUAAUCUCAACAUAAUCAAUAAAACAACUGAAGAAAUUGAAAAUCAAUUUCUCACGUUUAAUCUGGCUUAUCCUUGGCGAAAUAUUACUGUUGAUGGAUCUUAUAGUAUAAGUUUACGAGAGUUCAAUACCGAAGGAAACUUAUCUUGGAAAAAAACUUACAACAAAAGUGAUCCCUCAACGCUCGAUUAUUAUUAUGAUGAAGAAUUGUAUAAAACGAGGCAAAUUGGAGCGGCAUUCAACUGGACUAAUUUAAGUGAACGUAAUGAUACAGUAGACAAACAAGUGGCCACUUUAAGCUUCAAACAUCCAAGCCUAGAAAAAGAUGCAUCGAUAGCCGGUUAUUUGAACAAAAGAAAUAAUAAUACCACUAUGUUAAACGCCACUGUUAUUGUAGAUUAUUCUGAAAAUCCAGAUAAACUUGUAGAACUUGUAACAAUCAUCAAAGAUGAAAGUGUUGAUCCAAAUUAUGUUCGUUAUAGUUACUUUAUUAGUGGAAAGCAUCCACGAACACGUUUAGAUCUUGAUGUUUCUGGAUACAUCGAAAAAAAUACAAUUCGAUUCAUAAAAACAGAUCAUCAGGCGGUAUUCCGUCGUAGCUAUUUCCCAGGAGCAAUUGGAAAAUUUUUGGUACGAUUUGAUGCCAAUAAUUAUCAAACAGAAUAUCAUCGAGAAAGUACAGAUCUUACGAAACAUCUAGAUAUUUCGUAUUAUCCAACUGAUGUUGCUUAUAUUGUAAAUGGUAGUGUUAUUGAUACUUCAAGAGAAUUAAAUGCAACUGGAGUACUUUACUUUAAUUAUCCUGAAAAAUUAACAUGGUUAAUGUUAAAUUAUACACCAGAUUCAGUCGAAAGUCUUAGAAUGUACGGAAAUAUUCCAGAUGCCAGGAACGGAGUAUUUGAUGUAUGGAGAACAUAUGAGAGAAAUCUUAUUAUUUCCGAUAUUUCAUUUUAUCUUAGAUUAAAUCAUUCUCGGUUGGUUACGUCAACACUAAAAUGGCGACCUGAACUUAAAAGUGAUCUUACUAAUUUCGUUAAAACGACAGUUUCUGACUUCUGUAAUGAUCUUAGUAAUGAUUUGGAUUAUUGGAAGCAAUAUGUUAAAAGUGAAAUAAUUAAUUCUGCAUCAGAUAUUUGGGAAGAUGCCCACGAAGACAUUGAAGAAUUAUUGAAUGAUUGGAAUAAUUUAAAGGAGCUUGAUGAAGAUCUGGAUAAAUUGAAAGUUUAUUUAAAUGAGUCUUAUAAUGCUAAUGAUUUCUACAUAAAAGAUUUGGUAGGUAUUGGAAUAUAUGUGAUUGAUGAACUGGCUUUGAGAAGUCAUAUUGAAUCAUUGCCAAAUAUUAUCAAUGAAAUAUGGGAGAUAAUGGGUGAGUCUGGAGAAGCUAUACGUAAUUCACUCUUAUGGAUUAUCGAAGCUACAAAAAAUGCUUAUAAAAAAUUGACAGAAAUAGUAAGUGCAAUAUUGAAAGGAGAAUCGAUAACACAAAUCGCUAAUAUAAUUGAACAAAUUGUUGAAAAAUAUGAUAGAUUUAUAAAAGACCUUCAUGUAUCAUUUAAAAAAUAUGUCGAAAAUUUGUGGAAUAAAUUAUCAAUAACAAUAUCACGUCAAUGGGAUAAAAUUUUACGAAUGGUUGAACCAAUAUUUAUACGGAUACUUCAUUAUCUUGAAGCUGUACUAUGGAAAGCCAGUAAAGAGAUUGUUGAUUUUCUUUAUGAUCGCAGGAACGAAUUAAUUAAAUCACCAUAUUUUGAUCGUUUUACCAACUUCACUCAAGACUUUGAUAAAUUUUAUCGCGACAUCAAAGCCAACGACAUUAUUACAAAUAUUUACAAGUACACUGGUAUUGUAAUUACCUUUAUUCGUGAGCGUUACUUCACAAUGGUACCCUUUGGAGAAGAGCUUAAAGAUCUUGUUGAUGAAAUUAUUUCAGAAUUUGCCGAAUUAAAAAAAUUACCAACUGUUAAUUAUGCCCUUGAGAAAUUUAAUUAUGUUUAUGAAAGAAUUCAUUACUUUUAUAAUUACUUUGGUGUCAGGAAGAAAGUUGAAAAUUUCGUAAGGGUAAUUCAUUCGAAAUUAAUCGAUAUAAGUCAAACAGCAUUACAAGCAGAGAGUAAAUAUCGAGAAGCAAAAACUAAAUUUAUUUUUGAUCCAAAUACGGGUCUCAUGUGUUUAGAGCAAAAACUUCCAAUGUCUUGGCAUGCCUUCAAUCAAACACCAGAAUUUCAAGAAAUUCCAGAAUAUCGAGCAAUUCUUGAUCUUCGAAAUUACUUCACCACAUCUAAUGCAACCUUUUGGACACUUUAUUACCGUUAUCGACCAUAUACUGAUCCUUCUAACUGGUUCCCCCCAUUCAAAGCACAAGCAAUGGUAGUAGGAAAUCAACAUUUUAUUACCUUUGAUGGUCAACAUUAUGAUUUUAUCAAUACGGGUACUUAUCUUUUGGCUCACGAUUUUAUCCAAAAUCAAUUCGCCGUAUUUAUUACAUAUCAACGAUCACCCACAAAUUCUUCAAUAAUAAAUCAUAAAAUAAUAGUAUCUGUUGGACGCCAAGACUUACAAAUCGAUGUAUUUAAUGAUACUGUAAAAUUGGCUGACUCCACAGAUAUUUUACGUUUACCAGUGGAAUUAGAUAACAAUACUGGUUUUGUGUAUCAAGAAAAAAGUAUCGUAAUAGUUGAGUUGAAAAAUAAUCAAUUUAAGCUCAAGUGUAAUCUCAAAUACGAUAUUUGUGUGAUAGAAUUAUCGGGAUGGUUUUUCGGUAAGACAGCCGGAUUAUUGGGUACAAUGAACAAUGAGCGAUGGGAUGAUACUAUAAAAUCCGACGGAGUAGUGACAGAUGAUAUUGAAGAGUUUGCCAAGAGUUGGUCCAUUUCAAAGCCCGAUGAUGACAAUAUUGAUGUUGAAAAUAAAAAUACAAAUCUUGCUUACGUUGGAUACAAAAAAUCAGAAUUAUUUGACUUUUGUUUCAAUCUCUUCACCAAUCAUAGUUCUGAAUUUGGAGAUUGUUUCAUGGUUGUUGAACCACAAUAUUAUGCUGCUGCGUGCUUAAAUACUAGAUCUACUGCGGAAGUAUGUUCACUUGCCAUUGCUUACAUGCAAGUUUGUGGAUUUUAUGAUACAUACCUGAGAAUUCCAGAUAAAUGUACUGCCUGUUCUAUGACAGACAAUUCCAGCGUACCUGAAGGCGAGUUUCGUAAAUUGGAAAUGUCUAGUGUUCCGAAUUCCACAGAUGUUGUUUUCAUAGUUGAAGCAAAGUUGUGUAAUAUCAACAUCAGGCAAAAUCGUAGUAUUGAUUUGCUUGUUACUCAACUGAAUAAAGAAUUGAAUGAAAAUGGACUGAAAGAUAAUCGAUGGUCAUUAGUUAUAUUUGGUGGAGAUGGUGUUUUCGAUAAACCAAGAAGUCUCAUACUUGGCAGUCAAAUAUUUACAAAUGAUACCUCUCGGUUUGUUGAUUACUUUGAUAAUAUUCCUUCUGGAUUUGGUAGUCAAGAUGUUUUUGCGGCUAUUGGUUUUGCUUCUCAAUUAGUAUUCCGUGCAGGAGUAUCAAAAACAUUUAUUUUAUUACCUUGUUCUCACUGUGAACCGCAAAAUCAAACAUUGGACUAUUCGGUUUUACAUCAAGUUCUAUUAGAACAUGAUAUAACAUUCCACAUACUUAUGGAUGGUGACUUUAAUUUCAAAAAACAGCGUUUAAAUAAAACAUUUUACGGUAUAGAUGCCACAAAAUCAUACACAAAAAAAGAUGCUAAAGUAUUAAUAGGAGAUAUUGAUCUUAGACGACAAGUGAAGUUACCUAAAAGUACUUUAGGAUAUUGUACUCCUUUGUCACUUGAAACUAACGGCACAAUAUUUAGUGGAAAUAAACUCAAUCCUAAUAAGUCACCAUCAAUCAAAAAGUUUGCUAGUACUUUUGCUAAGAGAGUUGCCUUAACAGCAAAACCAAGUUCCUGCCAGCACUGCGAAUGUAGUUCUGAUAAUGAUGGAGUUACUCACAUGGAAUGUAUGCCCUGUGUCUAUCCAAUGCCUGUUAUUGUUGAUUACGUCAGUGAAACUUUCAAUGAAGACGACACAUUCUCCCCACUUCAACCACUGGAAGUAGAUUAUUCUCAAAUUGAUGUAGAUGAUGAUUAAUAUUUUUUACGAAAGAGAAAAUAUUGAAAUAAUAAUAAAAAUAAUAAUAAAUGUA